AUGUCCCGCCAAGGAGAUGUUUCAACUGCAGCUGCUCUUAUGAGCUCUAAGACGCCGCUGCCCCGCCCCCUCGGCCCCGCGGGGUGGGUGCAGAGCCCGCUCCAGCUCCCCGCGCUACCGUCGCGGUGCGCCUGCGCCAACCGGGCAGGUUCCCCCCCCCCCCCCCCCCCCCCCCCCCCGCGAGCCCCUGCUCUUCCCUCAGAUUUGCCUAAAGCCACAGGGAAGGUGGUGGAAAAGUCACCGUCGCCUUUGCCAGAAAGAGCGAUUUAUGGCUUUGUUCUUUUCCUAAGUUCUCAGUUUGGCUGCAUACUUUAUCUUGUGUGGGCGUUUGUUCCUGAAUCUUGGUUAAACUCCUUGGGCUUGACAUACUGGCCUCAAAAGUACUGGGCAGUGGCAUUGCCCGUCUACCUCCUCAUCGCUGUUGUGACUGCGUACGCGCUCCUGUUUGGAAUUAACAUGAUGAGUACCUGUCCACUGGACUCCGUUCACCUGAUCACAGAUAACUAUGCUAAAAACCAACAGUGGAAGAACCACCAGGAAGACGCCAUCCCAGCAUUAAGAGCUAUUCCCAUUAGUGAAGUGAACAAAAUGUUCUUCCUCAAAGCUAAACAACUUAACACCCAAACCUGA